CAGGGUGGGCAGCGCGCGGGAGCUGGGCUGGCGGCGGUUCUGCUGCUCUGGCUGCCGCCAUGUCCGCCGUCAUCGAGCGGGAGUUCCAAGAGAUCGACGCCACGAACGAGUGGCAGGCACGCUAUCUGGAAAUUCGGCAUAAAUCCAGUGACUACCCUCAUAGAGUUGCAAAAUACCCAGAAAACAGAAAUCGAAACAGAUACAGAGAUGUUAGUCCAUAUGAUCACAGUCGAGUAAAACUGCAGAACACAGAGAAUGAUUAUAUCAAUGCCAGCCUAGUGGUCAUAGAAGAAGCUCAGAGAUGCUAUAUCUUAACACAGGGUCCACUACCUAAUACGUGUUGUCAUUUUUGGCUAAUGGUAUGGCAACAAAAAACCAAAGCAGUUGUUAUGCUGAACAGAAUUGUUGAAAAAGACUCGGUGAAAUGUGCACAGUACUGGCCAACGAGAGGAGAAGAAUUUAUGAUGUUUAGUGAAACAGGUUUUCGUGUGAGGCUAGUAUCGGAAGAAGUCAAAUCCUAUUACACUGUUCACCUACUGCAAUUAGAAAAUAUCAACAGUGGAGAAUCCAGGAUGAUAUCUCACUUUCAUUAUACUACGUGGCCAGAUUUUGGAGUUCCUGAAUCCCCAGCUUCAUUCCUGAACUUCCUUUUUAAAGUCAGAGAAUCUGGUUGUCUAAGUCCUGAACAUGGACCUGCAGUGGUUCACUGUAGUGCAGGGAUAGGACGAUCCGGCACGUUUUCAUUAGUAGACUCUUGUCUUGUUCUGAUGGAAAAAAAGGAUCCAUUUUCUGUAGAUAUUAAGAAGGUGUUACUGGAUAUGAGAAAAUACCGAAUGGGACUUAUUCAGACACCUGAUCAACUAAGAUUUUCAUAUAUGGCUGUAAUAGAAGGAGCAAAAUUUAUAAUGGGGGAUUCAACUAUACAGAAACGGUGGAAGGAGCUCUCUAAGGAGGACCAGGCGCCAAGUAGUGAGCAGUCUCCUCCACACCCAGCCAAAAUAACCACCGAGAAGUACAAUGGGAACAGCGUUGGCCUGGAGAGUAAAGAUCAAGUGGAUAAAAUAAGUACUGGCCUGUCCACUAAAGUUCAAGAUGGCACAGAUGGAAAUGUUGAAAUUGCUGCCCGGAAACGACUGCGAGACGAUAGGAAAGCAAACACAGCACAGAAGCUCCAGCAGAUGAAGCAGAAGCUAAAUGAGACUGAAAGAAAAAGAAAAAGGUACAAAGCUGCAACUUUCCAAAAUGGUCUACUGGAUCUAGAGCAAACCCUGAACCACAGAGUUGUAGCUACUGAAGGCUGUUUGGAUUUAAAUUUACAUGCCUGACAUAAGCAAUAAACAGUGUUGUACCAUCACGUUAUUAAUACCAAGAAGUUAUCCUUAAAUGUGUGUAAUGUGUGAUGUACCGGUGACAUGAGCAUAAACAUUUUAUAUUCUUAUGACCUAGGAUAAAUAUAUUUUAUAAUUGCAUAUUUAAUCUUUUUGUAGUUCACUGUACUUUUAAAAGCUCAGUUUGUACAAAUUUCUGACCAAAAAAGAAUUUGAUUUAGAAAUUACGUGUAAUUUGUGCAUGAAAAUAAUAGUGCAACCAUGCCCCGUAUUUUGACUCUCAGAUUUAUGAUGUGAGCAGCUAGGGGUCUGAUGAAGCACUUACGAUUUCUACUCUGUUACUUUGCAUUCCUUAUUUAUUUUUUGUAGUUUUUGUUAUUUAAGUAAGGCUUGGGAAUUUGAAUUUUUUAAGGCUUUGGAGAACAUAGCCCCCACUGAAAAGUAUACUGUUCAACUGAUUGAUGUAUUCAGACUUCAGCUACUGUUUGAAGGCCAACUUUGUUAAAGUUCUGACAUUCCAUUAAAUGUGAAACAUAAUGUUCUGUGUGUCUAUAGAUUAAUUGCUAUAAAGAAUAAAGUCCAUUUAUCAGUAAUAUACGUAGAAAGCACCUCAAAGAAAACUACGUUGUCUUCCAAGUGUGGUUUUGAUAGAAAACAAAUGCUGGUAGUAUUCCCUGUAGCCAGUAUUCUCGGUUAUUAGCCACUUUCAGAAGUUCACAAAGUGUAGAAUUACUCUUCAAGUUACCUGUUGCUGUAUUUCAGAGGCGUGAAAGUAAAACCCUCAGUGAUGGGAUAUUUUGGGAAUACCUAUCCUGUGGGCACUUGAAUAUUGAGUAGUCUCUUUCCAUUACUUGGGCACUAGCAACACUUGCUAAACAGUAACCGAACACAGAUCACUUGCUGUCCUUUCAGUUCUCUUGAGGCACAGAGCUUAUAUGUGGUGUAUUAAGUUGAAACUUAUUAUUUUGUAGCAUUGGACUGCACUUUGAAAGCUGGAUUUAUUUAUUCAAGUAUUGACUUGUUGGAUGACUUCAGAGAAGUUGUGUUGACUUUCUCCACUGUCCUAGCUGGAUUGUUUUCUGCUUGGGUGCGUCCUCUCGGGAUUCCUUAUUGAGGUUUUGUUGUUGUUCAGUCAUAAAGCACUCUUUGGACUGAUUGCUGAAAAAUACUGAGAGAGCGAGACGAUUUGCUCUCCUUCCAGAGGAACUGACAGGUUUCCAGCACGUUUGAUCUCAGCAGUAACUUGCCAGGCGUGGGGCCAAAACAGGCUGACAUAAAUACACAAGGCUGACUUGUGCGUUCUCUUUGAAACUCAUUUCACAAUAGUUAAUGUUAUUAUUUUGAACUGCACUGUUUAUAUAGUAAACAAAUGCUAAAGUGUCCAGAUAAGGAAGAGAAAACAAGUGUAGUUCCUUGGAACACGCAGUUCUGUACUUGGGAAAUGGUGUGUCAGUAGAACGAAGAUAAUUUGUCCUGUGGCAUUGCUGACCUGCUGUACAGCUCUAAUAGCAGAGCAGCAUGGCAGUGGCCGUGACACAGUAUGGGCAGGCAGCUUAUGCAUUUUAAGGCCUUCAUAAUUUUGACAACUGCAAUAAGUUAGCCAACAAGUUGGAUGGAAGAUUCUUUUCUUUUUCCUUUAAUUGGGAAGACUGAGGAUUUUUGAAGUAUCAGCUGUAACUGAUACACCGUGUAAAUUUUCGUGCCUUAUAAAAUAUAUCUUGGCUUUAGAAAACCACGUUGAAUGUAAUUAAAUGCUUUUAUAAUGAAGAAAUAUUCCAGACUUAAUUCAAAAUACCUAAAAGCAGCUAGGGAAAAAGUGCAGGCGAAAGCUUCAGUGAAAACACUCAUUUACCACCUUUUGUGUUUGUUUUAGAUGAGGUUUUUUCUGGUCUGCCGGCAUCCUCCAGAUGCUGAACUCUACUUGGGUCUUGGCAGGUUCUCACUUCAAAUUUUCCCCAACUCCAGCUUCUCUGUUUUGGCUUUUUGUUGUGUAGCUGCUGAGGAGGCCCUCUUUGUUGGGAGGGGGCUGUGGGGCAGGGCAGCAGGGAGCCAUUUUCUGUCAUCUCACAUUACCUUCUCAUGCAGUAGAGUAAAAGGAGCAUCUUCUAGUGGCGAUGGGUGAAAUCUUGUUUGGUUACAUUCUUGUAAGUAUCUUCAAGAUCUGAGCUUCCUUAAAUUGAGUUUUGAACCAGUACAAGUCUUGGACAAAACAAUUUGAACAGUGAGUUUUUCUGUGAGAAUGUGGGAAUGGGAGGGACGUGAGUAUUAGAUCUCUUAGAACGUCCCAGGUGUCAGAUUGGAUAAAACUUCUUUCUGGUCCCUCAGCGUCAGAUUUGGGAUUGGGACAAAACGCUUCAACAGAACUUGUGGAGGCUUGCAGUGUUUGACUGCAAACUGAGCCUUGUGGUAUUUUGUUCUUCUGUAGGAUGACAAUUUAGAGCAGUUGUGUACAAGUUGGAUGUUACAUAAGAAUAAAUGUGGGUUGGAAUGAAGGCUUGUCAAUCCCAGGGACGUUUGUUUUAGGAAACGCUUAAAGAAAGAAUGAAAAUGAAGGAAAUGCCUUCUGCCACCCCACUCCCCCAAUUGCUGGCAUUUCUGUUGGCUGUUUCCACGGCACUUCCAAAGUGCUUUUGCGCUUUGAAGUGUUACUGUGUUGGGCUUUUCCCUGGUUUGGAAAUAUGUUGGUCAAAAUGCUUGAGGUGUAGUGGAUGUCAGAAUUUGAUCAAACAGUGUUUGACUCUCAGAUGAAAGCUUUAUACAAAUUGUGUGUUUUCUUGAAAAUACCACUAAGAAAUGUUUGGACCUCAGUUGCAAGUGGUUUGGAAUUAGUCCUCUGUUUGAUUAUAUUCUUCAUGCAGGGGCAGUCCACUUAGUGUCACAGUACAGCUGUAUUUCUCUUGAAAUGUAUUAAGGAAACUGAAUUCAUUGUGGAACAGAAUUCUGGAAAAAUCAGUUAUUUAUUUUAUGUAAAUAAGAUACUGGAAGUGAAACCCAGAUAAUUUGUUAGGUCUUGACUGAACUGGUUUACUUGCAUCAAUUGAUAUUCCACUGAGUAGCGAAGAAGUAUAAAUGUAUACACAUGUGCAUGUGUUGGAUCGUGUUGGCCAUGAGCAGCCUGGUGAGCUUUAAGUUCAAUGAAUGUUAACUCAAUUAUUUAGCUUGCUGCUGGCGUUAUGCUUUAACCUGACACACUUGAUGACUGCACAAGAGACUUAAUUAAGUGACAAAAGAGGAAGCCUUCUGAAUGGCCAAGUGGCUUAAGUCAUAGAAUGGAGUUUGCAAAGUUGCCAUAACACACAGUAGUCUUCCUGGGUUCUUUAACCCUGACACCCCAAAGGUUUAGGUCAGUCUUUCAUUUUUAUGUAUGAAAAAUAAAACGUGUUCAAAAUUGCA